AGAUUCGUAAUUUUUAAAUAAUACAUUAAAAUUAUUUACUUUAAAACUUUAUAUAUUUAUGUAUCCUUAUAUACAUACGCUUUUGGAACGUUUAAUAAGAUUGAGCUAUGCAACGUAAAAAGGAUUGCAUGAAAACUUUGCCUCUGCUGGAAGGAGCAAAAGUAAUUGUUAUAGAUGAAGGACUAGAAGCACUAUACGCAAGAAUGUUAUUAGCUGGUUGGAUGCAUAUAUGGUUAGAGAAAGAUCAUAAUUAUAAUGUCGAUAUACUGUCAUUUUGCGAUCCAAAAUUUUGGUAUGAUAAUGAACCAGAAUCAUUUAUCUCCAGGAAUGUUCGAUUGCAUGAUUAUUACAGCAUCAACAUUGAUAAAGUAGAAAAUGAAGAUAUAGAUAAUUUCAAACCUAUUCUUGAGACUAUUAAUUCACGUAAUAUAGUUGUUAUUGAUUGCCUAAGCUCCUUGGUUUUAUAUGCUGGUUUAGCAAAAACUCUGUGGUUUGUAGAGAAGCUGAGUAAGCAAGUGUCGCAAUUGAUUUGCAUUUAUAGAAGGGAUUUUAUACAGGAUGAAAUUCCUGCUAUUGAGACAUUGGGCACCACUUACGUGAAGUUAGAAAAAUAUGUUGGAAUCAACACAAUAAACAGUUUAGUUUACAGCACGACAUUUAUCCAUAGAAAACCAGGUGGUUCUGUGUUAUAUCAAACAGAAGUAAUAACUCAGGACAAUAUGACCUAUCAAAUCAUUACUGCAAGCAUUACUGCACCAAAUGAUCACAGGGAUCAAGUAAAUAUUAAUCAACCUGUGAAGAUCGAAUCGUCCUUUAGGAUAGAAAUAAAUGCUCGAGAGAUGGAGCAAAGAAACAGGACGCCUUUACCUUACACAAUAAGUGCAGCAAACACAUCCAAGAUACAUUAUCAACCAGAUGAUAUAGAUGACAUAGAUGAAGAUGAUCCAGAUGAUGAUUUAUGUAUUUGAAUUGAUUAAGACAGAAUACUUGUACAAAGACUAUUUAAUUUUUUAAGAUUUUUCUUAAUAUGUAUUUUAUAUGUAUUACAUAAAACGAAACUCAUCACUGCACAUUGUCUGCAAACUAAAUUCUUCCAGAUCCUGGAGUAAACUGAAUACUCUGUACAAAUUUUAUACAUGCACUGAAGAAGGAAACAACUUUGUUUACUAAUAAACCAUUGUAUUUCUGAUAUAA